AGUUUUCUCCUGGCACCGCCUAAGAAACUGCAUCUGGCUUGUUGUGAAAUUCAGCAUUCAUUCUUCAGUCACACCACUGCAAAGGCAAAUUCCACUCUAUCUGCACAUUCAUGCCCUCAAACUUUGAUAUUUCCUGACACAAGGGAUGGCAUCUAAAACCCUGUAUUCGGAGCCAAGGUUAAAGAAGAGAGAUGAUUUUGAAGAUAUCUUGGAAGAAAGAAGGAACUCCAGUGACGUGAGAUAUGCCCUGAAAUGUUAUACGCCAUUGCUGUACAAGGGAAUCACACCUUGUAAAGCAAGCAUGCUCAAAACUACUGUUCUCAAGUCAGACCAUGUACACUAUGUUAUUCAGCAGUUGUCAAAGGAGAUGGGGGAAUCCCCAGAUAUCAUCAAAGAAGAAGCAGCUGAAAUCCUGGAAGAGAUGGCGCAAAGUCUUCACCUCGGUAUCAUCCGAUUCUUUGCAUUCACAUUAAGCAAAACCUUUAAAAAACUCUUUCAGAGAGUGAAAGUCAAUGAAGAAGGCAUUCAAAGAUUACAACAAGCUAUUCAGGAGCAUCCAGUGGUCUUGCUUCCCAGUCACCGCAGUUACAUAGACUUCCUCAUGAUGUCCUAUAUUCUCUAUACCUAUGACCUUUCCUUGCCCGUUAUUGCUUCUGGAAUGGACUUCCUGGGAAUGAAGAUAGUAGGUGAGAUGUUACGCAUGUCAGGAGCCUUUUUCAUGCGUCGUUCAUUUGGUGGAGACAGACUCUAUUGGGCUGUCUUUUCCGAAUAUGUGAAAACCAUAUUAAGGAUCGGUUAUGCUCCAGUUGAGUUCUUUUUGGAAGGAACUCGAAGUCGCACUUGUAAGUCACUGACCCCCAAGUUAGGUCUACUUAAUAUUGUGACGGAGCCAUUUUUAAAAGGGGAGGUUUUUGAUGUCAGCCUUGUUCCAAUCAGUAUUAGCUAUGAAAGGAUACUGGAAGAAUCCUUGUAUGCACAUGAGCUUCUGGGAGUCCCUAAACCAAAAGAGACUACCUCAGGUCUUUUAAAAGCCAGAAAAAUGCUCAGUGAUGAUUUUGGCAGCAUACACAUAUACUUUGGGCAUCCUGUAUCCCUCCGAAGUUUGGCAAAGGAAAAGAUAAAUCGUUCUGAUUUCAACUUGGUUCCCAGACAUAUUCCAAGAAAACCAACAGAAGACAUCCAAGCCUUUGUCAACGAUACAGGCUACAGGAUGGUGCAUCUUCAGCAAGAAAACAUGGUUGUCAGUCCCUGGGUUUUGAUUGCCACCAUCCUGAUGCAAGAUUUACCUGGAGUAGAUUCAGACUACCUCAUAGAAAAGACUUCCUGGCUGCGAAGCUUAGCACUGUUGUUUGGGGCUUUCCUUGACUGGCCUGGUCAUGUACCAACCAGCAAGGUUGUUACCUCCAGUGUUGCCUUGCAUCACAACAUCGUUAGGAGUGUGAAUGGACGAGUUGUGCUGAUUGAUGAAGAGAAACCGAAUGAUAAUAGUCCAGAUGAUCUGGUCUUCAAGAAAGCAGUCACGGUUCUGAUGUGCGCAUCGUACAGGAAUCAGAUCAUGCACGUGUUUAUACGUCCGGCAUUGGUGGCAGCUGCAAUUCAUAUUGCGUGUAACUCAAGAAAAGAAGAAGUAUUUAACAACUUCAGCUUUCUUCGUGAACUUUUUGCCAAUGAAUUCAUUUUCUGUCCAGGAAAUGCUGUGCAGGACUUUGAGGACGGAUGUUACUUACUUGUGAAGAGUGAUGCUGUUCAAAUACUAAAGCAAGACUUUGUGGUAACUGAGACUGGCCAAUCAACCAUUUCCUUUCUGGUAGCUAUGCUGAGGCCCUUUCUGGAAGGCUAUCAGGUAGUGUGCAAGUACCUAUCUGAAGAAGUAACUGCAGGAUUCACUGAGAAGCAAUAUGUUCCUGCAGUCCGCGUCUUUGCAGUAAAGAUGAUCAUAUCAGGAAGCCUUAAAUCCUAUGACGUCCUUUCAUCUGACUUGCAAAAAAAUUGUUUGGCAGCCUUACUAAGACUGAACGUUUUGAGGAAAACCAAGCUAGCCGACCAGAUUACUAUCAAAGUAAACAAGGCAGCUGUUACCAGAUUAGUGGACACACUUGAUGGAAAAACACCUGUCCAAAAAGCAGCCCUUGCAAGACUUUAACACAGCAGUGGAAUGGCUGACUGAACACAACAUCUGGGAAACCAAUGCCUUCAUUAAGAAAUACAAAGCCAGUUAAGCCCAGCCAGUACAUCAGUAAAAUGUUAAAAGGCUAUAUUUGGCUUGAUUUUUGGAAAGACUGCCAUUUUUGAUCAAUUCUUACUGUACAAUACAAAACAACAUAAUACAAAUGUAUUAUUAGACAUCCCAGAGUGCUAAACAAUAGAAAUGUAGCUAAUUUUUCUAACCAUGUGAAAACUUAAAAAGGUUUGGAACUCUGUUACUGAUCAUUGCAUGAAUGUUUCUAGUUUGUUUACCUAACAAUUUAUAAUGCCAAGUUUAUUAGUAGCAUUCAGUGACAAAAUGACACUUUUCUGAAUUCCAGAAUCGGCGCUAUAAUGUAAAAGUAAGCUAAAUCACUUUUUUAUCCUUCUUUUUUAUUAUUACAUUUGAAGCUUGGGAAUUUAGUGCUCUUAAGGAUGAUGGAUAGUGCCACUGGCUACAAUCAGGUAUGGUGGCAUGUGGGCGUUUGUACUCAGUUUACCUCAAUCCUGACCUGAAAACAUCCAUUCAGUUUUGGGCUUCUCCUAAGCAGAGACUGCCGAUGUCUACUGGGGCCUGAGUGGAGCCUGCCAAAUGAUUUAGCUGGAUUCAGACAGAAGUACAACAUACAUAAAAGAUUAGUGAAUUAACUGACUUCGCUAUGGGAUUUCCCCUGAAGAUCCUCUUUAGCUAUAUCAUAGUUGUGAUUUAAUGCAAGCCAGGUUCACAAAGCUUUCAGUGAACAUAUAAACAAGGACUUGUCACCCCACCUUGAGUUAACAGUACUGUUCUGUGUUCAGACAGGAGACAGAAACAAACAUAUCAGUAGCCUAUAUUGGAGGUGCCUACUCCACAAACACAGUGCUGGGAAUAGUGUUUUAGCAGUGAAUUCACAACCUCUGUUAUGAAUGGCACUAUUCACUGUAUACCAGGAGUUUCUGCUCAAUGAGUAACUUUUCAAUAGCAACUGUUUAUUAUGGAUAUAAUGUUGCAACAAGGUGUGUUAUAAUAUUUUUUUUUUUUUGUAACAUUAAAAUAACAAAUGUGGGCUUUUAA